GUUUGCUAGCCGGAGUUUGCACCAUUGCGGAAGCGUCUGUUUGGUCCUUGUGAAUGAGGCUCCGGGUAGAUUGUAGAUCGCUUGGUGGCUCUGCAGGCUUAGCUUGCUGGCAAGCACUGAAGCAACAUUGGUUGGAAAAUGAAGUUCCCUGUACGGAAACUCUGCUUACUGUCCAGAGCUGUUCGCCACCUGAAUACCCCUCAAGUUCAUUUGCGCAGGCUACACUGGAACUCUAAAGUUCAGUCGUACUCCACUUUCAACAGACUUUCUUUAAAGGGCUCAAAGCCAGUCCCCUUGAAAAUUGGAUACUAUCCCUAUCGAAAUUUCAUUCUAGCCAGACUAGCAACACGACUGCUGAAGAUUCGCUACCUUGUGUUAGGAUCAGCAGUUGGAGGUGGUUACACAGCAAAAAAGACAUAUGAUCAAUGGAAGGAUAUGAUGCCAGAUCUAACAGAAUACAAGUGGAUAAUUCCAGAUUUUGUCUGGAAACUCGAUGAAAAUAUUGACUUUGAAAAGAUUAGGAAAAUCUUUGAUGAUGUAGAACUUGCCAAGCUAUUACCGGAUUUUGAUAAAGUUGGAGAAAGCCUGGAUCAUCUCAAAAGCCUCCUAGUGUCAGGUGAAAGUUUGUAUAAUGAAGUCAAAGGAGUCUCUGAUCUGCUUCUGUUGUUAGAUUCUACAGAAAAUUCUUCUGCUAUGAAAGCAUCUGAUUCUCAAGGGUUCGACAGUAAUGGGAAGCAAUACAAAAAGGGUGUGCUUGGGGAACUGAUUCUAAUCCAGCAGCAAAUCCAGGAGCAUGAAGAAGCUGCACGCAGGGUCGCCGAACAGUUAAACUCUGGCUCCUCCCAACAGAAACGAAAGAUAUCAGACAAGGACAAAGCUGAACAACUGCAAGAAGAGCUUCUGCGCACACAGUUAAAGUACCAACGGAUCCUUGAACGUCUAGAGAAAGAAAAUAAAGAACUACGGAAACAAGUUCUUCAGAGAGAUGAUAAAGGCAUUCAUCAACGAAAAAUGAAGAAGUCUUUGAUCGAUUUAUAUUCUGAAGUAUUGGAUAUUCUUUCGGACUAUGAUUCCAACUACAACACUCAGGAUCAUCUGCCAAGGGUUGUUGUAGUUGGAGAUCAGAGUGCUGGAAAGACUAGUGUGCUGGAAAUGAUUGCACAAGCUAGAAUAUUUCCUCGAGGAUCUGGUGAAAUGAUGACCCGUGCACCUGUUAAGGUAACAUUGAGUGAAGGUCCUCACCACGUGGCUAUGUUUAAAGACAGCUCGCGAGAAUUUGACCUUACCAAAGAGGAAGAUCUAGCAGCAUUGCGUAAUGAAAUAGAAAUAAGAAUGAGGAAAAGUGUAAAGGAAGGACAGACUGUCAGUCCUGAGACUAUCUCACUAAGUGUGAAAGGCCCAGGUCUACAACGAAUGGUACUAGUAGAUCUUCCAGGUGUUAUCAGUACGGUGACUUCAGGAAUGGCUGCUGACACCAAGGAUAUUAUUUUUAGCAUUAGCAAGGCUUACAUGCAGAACCCUAAUGCCAUCAUACUUUGUAUCCAAGAUGGGUCAGUAGAUGCUGAACGCAGCAUUGUAACAGAUUUGGUCAGCCAAAUGGAUCCACAAGGCAGACGGACCAUUUUUGUAUUGACUAAAGUGGAUCUGGCAGAAAAAAACUUAGCUAGUCCCAGUCGAAUUCAACAGAUUGUGGAAGGCAAGCUAUUCCCAAUGAAAGCUUUGGGUUAUUUUGCAGUUGUUACUGGCAGAGGUAACAGCAAUGAAGGUAUUGAUGCCAUAAAGGACUAUGAAGGAGAAUUUUUUCAGAAUUCAAAAUUAUUGAAGACAGGAAUGCUGAAAGCACACCAAGUGACAACCAAGAACCUAAGCCUAGCAGUAUCGGAUUGUUUCUGGAAAAUGGUGCGAGAGUCAGUGGAACAGCAAGCCGAUGCAUUUAAAGCUACUCGAUUUAACCUUGAGACUGAAUGGAAGAACAACUAUCCACAGCUGAGAGAAUUAGACAGGAACGAGCUGUAUGAAAAAGCUAAAAAUGAGAUUUUGGAUGAAGUGAUCAGCUUAAGCCAGGUUACUCCAAAGCAUUGGGAAGAAAUUUUGCAGCGGAAGCUAUGGGAAAAAGUCUCCACUCAUGUGAUAGAGAAUAUUUAUCUUCCCGCUGCUCAGUCUGCGAAUUCAGGCACAUUCAAUACCACGGUGGAUAUCAAACUCAAACAAUGGACAGACAAACAAUUGCCUCACAAAGCAGUAGAGGUUGCUUGGGAAACAUUGGAGGAUGAGUUUGCCCGCUUUAUGUCUGAACACAAAGGAAAAAACCAUGAUGAUAUAUUUGACAAACUAAAGCAGGCUGUCAAAGAUGAAAGUAUAAAACGUCACAAAUGGAAUGAUCAAGCUGAAGACAGUCUGCGAGUAAUCCAGCACAAUGCUUUAGAAGAUCGUUCUAUAUCUGACAAACAACAAUGGGAUGCAGCAAUACAUUUCCUGGAGGAAACAUUGCAGUCCCGUCUUCGAGACACUGAAUCUGUACUUCAUGAUAUGGUGGGACCAGAUUGGCGAGAAAGAUGGUUAUCCUGGAAAUCACGAUCUCCAGAGCAGCAUAUUCGAAAUGAAACAAAAGCUGAAUUAGAGCGACUGUUAAAAAUUAGCGAUGACCAUACUGCUUACCUUGCCAAUGAUGAAGUUACAACGGUCCGCAAAAAUCUGGAGGCUAAAAAUGUAACUGUGGACCCAAUUCUAAUCAAAGAUACUUGGCAUCAAAUUUACCGACGACACUUCUUGAAGAAAUCGCUGAACCAUUGUAAUCUUUGCAGAAGAGGUUUCCACUAUUAUCAAAGGCACUUUGUGGAUUCUGAGCUGGAUUGUAAUAAUGUUAUUCUGUUCUGGCGUAUUCAACGAAUGUUGACUAUUACAGCAAACACACUCCGACAACAGCUCACAAAUACAGAAGUGAGACGCCUUGAAAAAAAUGUGAAGGAGGUUUUGGAGGACUUUGCAGAAGAUGCUGAUAAAAAAGUUCAGCUCUUGACAGGAAGGAGAGUUCAGCUGGCAGAAGACCUGAAGAGAGUUCGUGAGAUUCAGGAGAAGUUAGAAGUAUUCAUUGAAGCACUUCUUCAAGAAAAAUAACACAGCCUUUGAUCUGAAGCUUUGUGACAAGAGAUGUUGCUGGAAACGGGAACCACUGGGUUCUUGCUGCAGGGAGAUAAACCAUUGGCUUAUAUACACCACAGAAGACAUUACUUCAUAAAUUGUGUACACUAAAAUCAUUUAAAUUCUCCUUGCAUUCUAAUCUUCGAGCUGAACAUUCAUGAGCAAUGUUUUCCUUGCAUUUUUAUAAUUUUGACAUUUUCAGCAAAAAAGCUUUAACUAAUCAAUCAAUUUUUUCUAUUGUAAUUUUAAAUCUCCUGAAACGUUAAAAUGUUGACUGCCUCAAGUAUACAAGCAAGACUAAGUAUCCCUGCAAGGUGAAGGCUGAUGAACUAUUUUGUCAAAUGUGUAAAAUAUUUCAGUACAAAUAUUCAGAUUUGGAGAAAUAAAAAGCAACUGUCUGAAACUCCAUUCGUCUUAUCCAAGUACAUUCAGUAGCACUUGUUGACUCACAUGCAAAGACUGUAUCUCACAGAUCAUCAAAAGACAAGAAAAUUAAAGUGUUCACAAGGCAAAUUAUUGUCUGGACUAAAUUGAAAGUCAUUUUGAUAUGUUUCCUUUUGGAUCUUUCAGUGUUGUACCAAGUCUCCAGAAUUUGCGCAGGUGAAAAUAUGAAUGUAAAAAAAAAUCAUAGUUCGCGAUUUUUUUCUUUUGAAUUGUCUAGGCCAUGCAUGAUGUAAUUAUUGAGUCAUGUAUUUAUUGAAUGCUGUUGUAUUUAAAUAAAAUGGAGUAACAUUUUGGAAAUAGAA